AAUUAGUAAUACGGUUAUACCCACGCGGUACGUAUGAAUCUUUGUUUACAAAAUACAGCAGCUGAGAAGAGCGUGACAGUAUUGACAAGGAAGAUAAUUAGGAAAAACAUCAAGAUGUUCACAAUUGCUAAGCUUAAGGAACAGUCUUCGAAUACCCCCUACAGAGUACCAAUUAAGGUACAGACAGUAAGUGUUGGUACAACCAACACAUACAUCAGAGAUGGCCAGAAGAAGUCUGCCACAACCAUUGGUUUUGCAGACCAGACCGGUAUCAUAAAGGGGCAGUGCUACGACAGUAGCAAAUUAACCACUAUUAAAGAAAACAGCUCCGUGAUGAUUAGAAAUUAUAUCUUCAGGGACAGUACUAUAAUUAUUACCUCAGCCACAAAGGUUAAUGUCACUAGUGGAGUAGGUGACAUUGACCCAAUCCACAGGAGCCAAGCAGCAGACCUCUCCAGACCACCACCUCCACCAGAAGUUGUAUCUAUUGAAAAGGCAAAGAAAACAACUGCAGAUACAAAUGUAUCUAUCAGGGGAAAAGUCAUCAGAGUGGAUGCUGUCUUAGAGAGAGUCACCCAAAGAACUCAGGAAACGAUCAAACUCAAGCAGAUAUAUAUUCAAGACAGCACUGGGGAAGUAAAAGUCAGCAUGUGGAGAACCCUAGCAGAAACAUCAGUUGAGGUUGGAAAGACGGUGAAAAUAACAUUCCUAAAACUGAACAUUCACAAAGGAGAGAUCAGCCUACAGACCAUCCCUCAAAGUACACUUGAGUUUGUGUCAGAACAACACAGUGUUGUUGUAGAUGGUUUCUACAAGGAGGAAGACGAUAUUGUCCUUGUCUGUAAACAAGAUGAUGUUUACUCGGACUACAAAUGCCCUCUGCAUGCCCUUAAAGAACUAGUUGGUGACGAAGAAGAAGCAGAUUCAGUUAUUGAAGGGAUGAUUCCCUUCAAUGCUGUGAUUGUUGUUUCAGGAAACAACAUGAUUUCAUCAGUGACAAUGGAUUAAAGACACUAUAUAAAGCUGUACAUCAAUAUUAUAGUCUGUCAAAACCCAUACUCCAUUAGAAUUUUCAAUAUACUGCAAAGUUGAGUGCAGUUAUAUUUCUCCAAUUUUUCACUGCCAAAUUGGGUGCAGUACAUAAUGAAAAUUUAAUACAAAAUUUGUCUCAAACAUUUAUUCCAAAAACAGUUAUAUAUUUUAUAAUAUGUACAUGAAAACCACUUUUUCAGAGUUUAUAAUAUACAGCACAUUUUGAAAACACACUGUAUUUUGAAGAAAAUAAUUAAUUUCUAAUAGACACUGGAUACAAAAAAACACACUUUACUAGAAUUUUUAAUAUACACCCAUGUUGAAUUCAUAAUUUAAUAUUUUGAACACAGUUAUGUCCCUUAGACACUGUAAAUCAAAACCCUUUAUUAAAAUUUACAAUGUACUGCAGAAUUGAGUGCAGUUACAUUUCUUCAAAUUUUCACUGCCAAAUUGGGUGCAGUACAUAUUCAGUGUUUUAUACAAAAUCUGUCUGAAAUUUAUAUUUUAAACAAAGUUGAAUAUCUAAUCAGCUGUACGUCAAAACCCACACUUUAUUAGAAUUCUUAAUAUACACCCAUGUUGAGUACAUAAUUUAAUAUUUUGAACACAAUUAUGUCCCUUAGACACUGUUAAUCAAAACCCUUUAUUAAAAUUUUCAAUGUGCUGCAGAAUUGAGUGCAGUUACAUUUCUUCAAAUUUUCACUGCCAAAUUGGGCGCAGUACAUAUUCAGUGUUUAAUACAAAAUCUGUCUAUGCAAUUUAUAUUUUAAAAAGUUGAAUAUCUAAUCAGCUGUAUGUCAAAAACCACACUUUAUUAGAAUUUUUUAUAUACACCCAUGUUGAGUACAUAAUUUAAUAUUUUGAACACAGUUAUGUCCCUUAGACACUGUUAAUCAAAACCCUUUAUUAAAAUUUUCAAUGUGCUGCAGAGUUGAGUGCAGUUACAUUUCUUCAAAUUUUCACUGCCAAAUUGGGUGCAGUACAUAAUGAGAGUAUAUACAAAACCCGUCUAAAAAACUUGUAUUUUUUAACAAAGUUAAAUACCUUAUCAUCUAAACAUCAAAAACACUUUAUUAGAAUUCUUAAUCUACACCAAUGUUGAGUACAUUACUUAAUAUUUUGAACACAGUUAUGUCCCUUAGACACUAAAUAAAAACUCUUUAUAAAAGUUUUACAAUGUACUGCAGAGUUGAGUGCAGUUACAUUUCUUUAAAUUUUCACUGCCAAAUUGGGCGCAGUUCACAAC